GAGGUAUCUGCAUCUCUGCUGAGGCUGCAGUUUCCAGCAUGUAUGUGAGAGGCAGUUUGCAGUGUGUGAGAGGUACAAAGAAUACAGGAUUACUGAAGUGGAGACACACGACACACACGUGAUCUCUGGGUUAUGGGGAGACCUCUUUCUUUUAAUUUAAAGCGAAAGAGCAGUGAGCCAGCGCUUCCCAACUACCAUACCCGCUAACAACAAAACCUCCCUCAGCCAAACCCUAUCGUCAGCCUGCAGAGGAGCUGCCUCUCUGAUAUCUAUCAUGGAACUCACUAUAACACUUUUGAAUGGGGACUCACAUCCCCUGACGGUUCAGCCACACACCACUCUGGGGUCGCUCAAGAGUCUGAUCAACCAACACUUUGGAGUGGCCAUGGAAAGGCAGAGGCUGUCAGGUGUCAAUGGGAACAACAUCAGUCUCAGCGAUGAUUCAAAAACUUUGAGUGACUAUGGCCUGCAUUCYGGAUCUAAAGUGAUGGUGCUGAUUACAGACCCCACUCAUAUCCAGGUGUUCCUGAAAAAUGAAAAGGGCCAGACGCACACAUAUGAGGUGGUGUCAGGUGAGACUGUAACCCAGUUCAAAGCCAAGGUCCAAAACAAGGAGGGAGUCCUAGCCAACCAACAGAGGCUGAUUCAUGAGGGCAAGCAGCUCGAUGAUGGCAAGAAACUGGAAGACUAUGGUGUCAGAAAUCUAAGCACUAUUCACCUGACGCUCCGUCUAAGGGGAGGCUGAAGACACCCAGUAUCGACCUGAAACCACCAUUUMUUUUAAUAAGCAUUCCAUGUCUAUAGAGAAAAAUCUAGUCCAGAAAUGAUCAUUGUUAUAUAACAUUUUUAUUCAAUUGUGAACUUUAAAUUAAGCAUUGCUGAU